UUCUCGUUUUCAAAACAAUGUCCAACUUUGUAAUAUUACUCCCCAUCCUAACACUUCUAUGCUGUGUUAUUCUAUAAUUUUUAUGCAUUGGAAUUGCUGAACUUGUCCUAAAUGCCUUCGAUAUUUCGACAGCCUAGGUUACGUUUUAGGUGUGGGUCCAUUCGAGUGUCAUUCGCUACCACGUUUCUCUACAAGUUCGUGUUUUCAGCUCCAGUUCACUUUCGCGUGCCAGAUGACUACAAACUUGAGUCUAAACUAAACUUGCUUUUUGUUUUUAUAGGAAUAUGAUAAGCGUUUGAUAUUUAGGAGCUGAAGUGUUUAUUCAAGGAUUAAAAUGAGUGAAAAGAUCCAGACUUUUGAGCUUUCUUGUUUUGGAUGGACCACAUUUCUUGUUAAACCAGGCGGAGGUACAGAAUGGAACACGUAAUAAUCACCAAAUGUAAAAGCCUUUGGUUACUCUUACUUUUAUUCUCAUGAUUUAUACUCAUAAUGUUCUUGUCGAUAUUUUUACCCUUUAUAUUUUAUGAAUGCAUUCAUACCCGAUUCGCCAUUUAUAGCAUCUUGUCUUGUAUGCCGAACAAACUGUAAAUAAACGCUUUUGCGUACAAAAGGUUUACAGCUUUGCCUGCCGUAUAACUAUAAAUAUUCCCAGUACCAUUCAUUUCCAUAAUGUGAGGAAUAUAUUCAUGAAAUAGUUGCAUGUAAAGAAGACCAUACGUGAAAAGCACAUGCUAUAUCGAACCUCACAAUGUUGUCACUUUCUAGCGGUUUGGUAAAAAAAACUCUUGUGAGUUUACAAGAUGCAUCGAAUUAUUGAAAAUUAUAUCAGUAUUGCCGAGAAUAUAACAAGAGACAUUUUUUAUCUUUUUCCUGAAAUUAUGUAUUUUAUGACUAUUCUUAUCAUCACACAGGACUGGGAAAAAAUUUAGCAAAAUACCGUAAUUAUCUAGGCAAACAAGCCAAUACUUCUAACUGACACUAAAGUCUCUCUCGGAAUUAAAAUUGCCCUUAAAAUUCCAAACGUUUAUACAAAAAUCUACUACCUUAGCUCCGAACACUUCUGAAUAUCUCUACCCAGUGGGUAACUUUUAAACGCUAACCAACUUCUUGAAUUAAGUUCUUUGACUAUCAGCGACAUCGCUUGUGAAUGAUUACUGUUUGUGAAGGCAACCUUUGCCGACGCCGCCAUGUUUUUUCAGUAAGACAAAUUCUGUCAUUUGCCUAAAACCGCUCGAAUUGUGUGCCUAUUUUUCACACGAAUAAGAGCCGUGAAUACUACUUUAUUCUGCCGUGUAUUUCUGUAUUAUGGUAAUGCUUCGUGAGGUUAGAAUAUUUAUGAGGAAGGUAUGUUUUGUCAGUGGCCAGUUCUACCGAGGGAAGACAAUAAUAAUCUAGCUUUUGUUUUGAAUUCAAACAGACUGGGCAGUGUCUCUUGGAACUGAGCUAUAAAUUAAGACUACAUUUAAUUUAGCUUUUUUAUACUUUUUAGACAAAGUCUCGUUAAAUUACAAAGGGAGAAACUUUCUACGCGAUCCUCUAUGUUAUAAAUAGAUUUUUAUGUACUAAAGCCUAAUGUACAUAUCAAUCAACUGAGGUGAAAAGUUUACCCAGCGUUGAACACCGAAACUCUGGCAUUUUUAGCUCAAAUAGAUCGAGAGACUGUUAUUCCGGAUAAUGGCGGGAAGCGAAAGUAUUUGACAGUUACAUUUAGGGGUUUGUUUGCUCUUAAAGCGCUGACAGAUCGAUAGAUGCGAAUUGCUGGGCGUGAGGGAGCCACACGUGCUACAAGACUACCACACACCGCGAGACAGCGCACUUCUCUCAGCACUAAACUCUCAUAAAACUCUCGAAAUCACCCUGUAAACUAGCCCUCUAACCCUGAAACCAGCCCGAAUGCUGUAUUCUGUAUUAUCGCUCUUUAUAAGUCAUAUUUCAUAACUUGUUUUAAUGUAAAUGCUAAUUCCGUCCAGUAGUGAAAAUUCUUGUAACCUAAUCCUACCUUUCCCCUAGGGAAAUAGCGGUAUGAGUUCCUAAUCGAAACAGAAAUUGACUUUUUAGAAUUCUUUAUUACUGUAUUUGCGGGGUUGAAUCGUAGGUUUUUUAAGGAGAUUUAAGAUAAAUUUCCGCAAGUGAAGGAAGCGUGUAUCUCAAUACAACUACUCGCCGCCUCACACACCCCUAUUGCGCAUGCGUAGGCUUUUAAUUAUUUUUCUUUUAAGCGCGUUCACGGCCCCCGUUCUCGUCACUGAAAAUUUCUUAUUACUUUGGUAAAUAGCGUCUUUUUGUGCGGUUAUGUUGGUUUUUAUAUAUUGGCGGAAACGAUUUGAGCUUGCUUAUUAAAAACAGCCAAGGCUGGCUUUAUCACUGUCUCGCUAAAUACUUUUCGUUUUAAUUCAAAACUCGUUGAAGUUCUACAGAUAAUGUAUUGUAUUUCUGCUCCUGUGUUUGAUAGAGUUGAUCUGCGUUUCGCGAUACGUUAAGGAUGGCGGUUUUGAGGGCCACGGGUUUUCCACAGGUGGGAUUAACGAUCCGAAACCUCGCCACGCACUCGACCGUACAAAAUAUUAUUGACAUUAACUUUCCAGCCGCCAGUUUUUCGAACCUCCUUUGUAACACGGAACAAAAGCUCCCCACCAGUUCCACGAUGAAAUUGGUUUUUCGGCUGAGUUUCGCCUUACGAGACUUGAGUCACGGGAAAUGGUGUUAUCAUGCUGUGCGCUAGAAUUGAUGCUUGCUUCCAGCAGAGGCUGGCCACAAAGGCUCUCACGAUUCUGUUUUACUCUUAAGAAUAUAAAAAAGAGAUUGUUUUGCUUGCCAGGUAUAAUUGAUAUUUGUUAGAAUCACAGCGGUGGAGAGGUUUUUAUUGUUCUACUCCUAAUUGCUUUUUGCUAGACAAGGACGAGGAUUUUUCCUUUCUUGACUACGGAUAUUGAUGAUGUUUUCUCCGUCAAAAUUUAUAUUUUACUUUUUAAUUGUAAAGGCAGAAAACCCUCCGAUGUUCCCCUUUCCCAAACACAUUCCUAUACGGAUUGUUUCGAGUAAACGGAAAUUCAAAUGAGGCAGCCUUGUAAAACACAUUGUUAUACAUUUGAAAAUAAGAACAUAGCAAAAUGAACAGUGGAUAUUAGCGAUAAAUAAAACCUACCGCUUCAUGAGCUUAAAUGAUGUGACCUUACCCCAUACAUAAGGCAAUGAGGGUAUAGUCCAUGAUAAGAAAAAAAAAACAACAACAGCGAAUAGAAGAAAUACUUUUAUUCCAUAUGUAUUUCCACACCUAUUGAGUUUCUCUUUCCCUUGAAAAUGGGAAUUCUGAAAAAACAAUGUGCAAGAAUGUUCGUCAGUCUUGCCUGUCAGAUAUUCAACUGAUCGAAAGCAAUACACUUAAAGACAGCUGGGAUAAAUAAUAAUGCAUUUUAAAGGGUAGAGCAUCUGUUUGUUUUUUACUUGUGAAAAGUCACCAGACCGAUCCUACUCUUACUACGCUCGUUAUGGCAGGCGAAGUCAGAAAUCUAAAGAGAAUGAUUUAAAACAAAUAUGUCGUAGUAUGAGAUUUAUUUUAUUUAAAAAAUAUAUUUUUAUUUGGUGAAACAGGCGUUCAGGGAAUUGUGGGAAAAUAAAAACAGUUCAGUAGUUUGCUUUUGGUCUGCGCUCAUGUUAACAUUAAAUAUCACAACUGUAACUAUAUACCACUGUUUAUGAACUCUUAUUUUAUUAUAAGACAUUCCCAUAUCAACCAAUAAUGUUUAUAUACUCUUUUUAGCAUGUGUAAUGGCAUCGAUCCCCCAUUUUAUUUAAGUUCGAGUGCUGUAGUUUUUCCAUCAGUGCAGAUUUGAUUUACACGGAUGCUUUUACCGUUUCCCCAGGGUUCAAGUCGUAAAUUUUGUCGUUAAGCUCUCGAAACCUCGUCAGACCUUAACUGCCCUAACUAGAUUCUAUUUUAUUAUCGUUCCUCUGACUUUAUGAUGGUCUAAUUUUGUAGAGCAUGCAGAAACCACCCAAAUUAUACCACAAAAUCCGAUUUAUGUCUGUCUUGGUCUUUCGUUUUAUCUUCUUGCAAAGUUCCUACAAAUAUUUUUAAUAAGCUCAAUUAUUUCUCCUAAUGGACUUUUUCUUAUGAGAAAUGACCAACGUUAACCUUUAAUUCCCACUAUAAAUGCUUACUGCUUGGUUCACUGUUAAUGAAGUUAACCAAUUUGUCAUUUUUAUUCCCUUACAUUAAAACCAGUUGCAUAAGGUACUCAAUGCAAUAUUUCUAUAAUGUGCUUUUCUUAGAUUUUAUGAACUAAGUGAUAUUGAAGUCUAUUUCCAUAUAGUAAUGGAAUUUUUUACAUUAAAUUGAAUGGUGCAAAAAGCUAUUAUUUCCUCGUUCAUUGUAAUGGCUUUUAUCUUUAUAUUCUCCUGGACGGGUUUUCUUUCAUACUUAAGUAAAUUUGAAAGGCUUCGCUUUGACAUGCCAUUGAGUAACUGUAAAGUUCUUCAGUUUUGUUAUUCAAAGAUAAAUGAGGAAUAGAAACUAUGUAUUUUCUCUUUUUAUGCUUUUGCGUGUGGUUUUCCUCAGUUUUGUUUCAGAUUGAUUGUACUUUCUUUUUUAUCUAUAAUUUGACAAGAAAAUUGUCCCAUCAAUUUAAGGCUAAAACAUUGCAUCAAUUUUAAUUGUCACAGGUCCUUUUGACUGACCAUAUAUUAUGUUGUCGUUGGGAAACAUAAAAAGAAGCAAAUUGUUGUUUUGUCUAAGUAAAACGGUUAUAAAAUUCUGGAUUUGUUAUUCAUAAUGAUUUAUGAUUGGCAUUUCUGUUUGAGCUUGAAGGAAUUUUACUAGAGUUUUCCUCUGAGUAUUCUGAAAAGUUAAGUGCAAUUAUGCUCGCUAAACCGCUUUGUUUAGCAAACAAAGCAAAACAACGGUUCUUUGAACCAUUAAUAGUAAAACAUGGAAAAUAGAUUAAAAAAAAUGAAGAAUGCAUUGUUUUCAAUUCCUGAUCGACAUUUUCUAGAGAAGUUUUGUGUUAUUAUACUACAAUCCCAAUGUGUAAGCAUGAUUUAUCGCGGGCAUCACAAUAUCUUUCUAGUUUAGAUUAAUCUUCUCUGGGUUGUUUGCUCAACUACUAUAUUUAAAGUGUUUGCUUUUUUCGAUUUUCGCCUUAUCAAGUGCUUACAAGAAAUAUAAAUACAGCAUGUUUGAACGGGAAAUCUGUUGAACGGGAAAUCUGCUUAUAAAAUCUGCUUAAAACGAGGCUGUCUUAACGUUUCCAUUGUAUAGUUUCAAUAAGAACAUUCAGAAUAGGUUUACGAUUUCUAGUUUUGAUAUUUUCUGUGGUUUUAUGCGCAAUUAUACUGUAACUUAUCGACUAAGAAGAGCGGGUCAGAGAGACGAUAAAUAUUUUCUUAUCACACAAAAAAUCGUCUUACACGGGUGUACAAAGAAAUCAUUUUAUUUGCUCGCAAAAUGCUUUGCUGAAGCCGUCGGCUUACACCUUCCGACAAUCUCGACAAAAUCUAGAAUAUUUCUAAUGAGUUGUAAAAUCAACUUGUUCAAAUACGUAGAAACAAGCAGUGGUUUCCUAAUGCCCUCCAGGGCAACCAUAGUCGUUUCGAAAAUUGCUAAUUAAACGUCCUAUAGAAUUUCAACUCUGGAUGUGUAAAACGAAGAAUUCGCUCCAUAAAAACUAAACUGUAAACAAUGUUUUCUUUUAUGGUCUCGAGAGUUCUCUAGUUUCAAGGGUGAUCUUUCACUGGCCAAAAACAAAUUAUUCUUUUUUACAUUCUUUGCGUGAUCACAGUAUGGUAGAAGCUUCAGAGUUACACGUGUACUUGAGAAUCAAAUCCUUAGUUGCCCGAGGAAAAUACAUUUUCAUUUUAAGACAGCUUGAGAAGCCUCUGUAAUAACGAUCGUCGAUGACGCCAUUUCCGCUAUUGGCUCCUUUUGCACUAUUUUUCACAUCCUUCGCCAGUGGGCAAUAUACUAUUAAGCAGAAACUCGAGUUUGUGUAUGACGCCCAUGAUUUAACUCACAGUAACGAAUCUCUCCAAUUGCUCCACAAGCUCUGCGUGAGGCAUCAGUAAAAACUGGCACAUUCGCUGGUACCAUUUGUUUUACACGAACGAAGUAUCGCCCUUUGCCGCUAAGUUCUUCUCAGGGAGCUCUUUGUCUCCAUGCCUUAAUUAGUUCUCGUCUGUUUUUUUUCCUUUAUUGGGUGACCGAACUAAACAUUUGCUGUCGUGCUCGCAGUCUUUAUAUUGCGACGCCAUGAAUAAAACAGCAAAGUACUGCAUUUGGUAGUAAAAUCCUACUUUUAAUUUAUGUUUUUUUGUCAAUAAGGAAAUGUGUUGUCAUUUUCCCUCUACGACAAUUUCAAUUGCAAAGGAGGCGUUAAAUAUUGGAUUCUUUUAUGAAUAUGUACAUGAAUUUCUCUUCCUUUUUACUUUUCAAUCACUACUCUUAGAUUUUGUUCUUGUUGUAAUACGACAAAAAUGGUGAUUGUUUUCUUGCUUUUGUCUUGAUUUUACAGGGUUUUAACGGGUUUAAAAGGUUAUAACACGCCUUUCAAACCGCAAGACUAGACCACAUUGUCUCACUGAAAUAACUUUUGGAUCCAAACGCAGCCACUACGGCCUCGCUCUUGUUACCUCCUCGUACAUAAAAUAGACCAGGCAUGAAUAUUGGCGGCACCAUCAUUAAGGACCCAAAUCAAAUUAAAUACACCUAUUUUGGCCUAAUUUCACUUUCCCUAUCCGCUCCAUAGAAAGCUUUCUAGUUAAAAAAACCUUACCUAGACAAAACUAACGUGUAUUUUUCCGGUCACAUAUUCGGUGUAUUGAUUGUUUUUGGCUAAUUUCUGGAGUCGUUUUGAAAGAGUCGUAUUACAUUCAUCGCAUUCAUUAGAGCUAUCUAUCAUCUUUUGGUGCUCUAGGGAAAACAAUACUAAUUUCUAGCGUUCAGUGAUAACGGUGCUUUCCAUUUAGUCUAGGUUCUCACUAUGUUAUCUGCCCUUAAUUUUUCAAAGACUAUAUUUUGCGGACGUGAUAAAACACCCAUGCAUAAGAAUAAGACCGUUUCGUCAGUCAAUAAAAACACCAGACGCACUCAUUUUUAGUUAUGAGAUCUUUUGGGUUUCCUCAAUUACUCCCACCGUGCAGGGUCGUAGCCAGCAUGAGGCAAGUGAGGUACCCGCCUCGGUAAAAUUUUGAUGUUUAGUGUUUCACGAUUGAAAAGUACGAGAUAAAACACCUGCUUUUGUUGGAUUUAUAAUCCAGUGGCUAGCUUUGCCCCGGUAAAAUUUUGUUGUUUAGUGUUUCACGAUUGAAAAGUAUGAGAUAAAACACCUGCUUUUGUUGGAUUUAUAAUCCAGUGGGUAGCUAUGCCUCGGUAAAAUUUUGAUUCUGACUACAGGCCUGCAGUGUGUUGAUGCCUUUUUAUCUUUAGAAUCCCCUCUGCGUGAAGCUUUCGAAUAAGCGGUGCUUUUUGCCAUAGUCUGAAUGUUCAUUCAUAUGAUCCUUGGCUGGGUGAGCUGGUUAAAAAGUGAAUGAACCAGUUUCUUAUAUUUUUUAAGGUAUCACGAAUGCAUUCAGCCCCAUCAAAUAGACCAACCAUUGGAAUUUACUCUUUGAAAAAUAUAGAAUUUGUAGUUAUUCAUAUUCGUAUAAAUAUAUGUUGUUUUUGCCUAGUUAAGAUCAAUUCAAAUGACUGUCCACUUAUUACUUUUCCAUCAUCCAUCAUCGUAUUAAUCUAAUUUAAUGAUUUCGUUAAAGAAAUAUUUUACAAUUUUCCCACAAGCUAGUUUUGAGUAUCUAUUAAUGAGGCUUUACGAAAUUUUCUUUGAGUUUUUGUUCGUUAUCUUUUAAAGUACCUCCGGCAAAUACCGCUAUCUUUACAAGACAUGAUUCCCGCCUUGCAGCACUGCUUAUCAGCUCUCGAUAUACUAAUUCUUAACGAUGCCUCAAAGUCCCCUCCCAAUAUCCCAUAUCGCGGUAAUAAGGGCGUUUCGUUUGAUUAUCUGUAAUAACUGUUAAAUGGGCACGACCUACAUCUGGUGUUAUGAGUUCGGUAGUGUAGAAUCAAACGAGGACCUUAUCUAUUAUUUACUGGCCUCCGUUAUGAUACUGCCAGUUCUUCGUUUUAUUUUUGUUUAUAUUUUCUCUUGUCGCACGAUCUUUGAAAUGUGUUUUAUCUCCUGAUUUACAAUUUUUUGCCUUAGAUACUACAUUUUUGCUUCACAAUCUUUAAGAUCUCUUGGUUGACUUACAAAUUCAUCAUUUGAAUUCUACAUUGUUGGGUCGGUUUAAGAUUACUUCCUUUCGAUAGUUUAUAAAAUAACCUUAUUCUUACGAAUAAUUUUUAUGCUAAGCUUUAAAGCACUUCCUUAUUCCAAUCCUUUUCUGAUUUAUUAUUCAUAGAGCAGAAAAUAAAUGGUUUAGUGCAUCAUAAUAUUAAGCACCCAAAUAUAUUUUUAAUUUAAAAAUGGUACAAUAUAUAUAUUAUUAUCUGUUAAGAGUUUCCAAUUCGUUGAUUAUUCCCCUUAUUCUUUGUAAAGCUGAAAAUUAGAUAUUUUUUAGAUGUCUAUCAAUUUUCUUAUAGAAUAAUGCCUAUGCGAAUAACCCUAGAUAGUAGUUAUAUUUUAGCUUGCUCAUUAUUGAUAAAACAUAUCGACUUAAGUGAUUCCAACCUGUAGGUUUUUUUGUAAACCUGUAGUUUACAAAAAAAAGCUCACAUGAAUUCAAGCUGACGGCGCGUGCCGUGUUAUGACUUCCCGCCAAUUUGCUGUGCACGCUCACGUUUUCCCGCCAUUUUUGAGAGUCGGCUGUUUAUACGCGCGCGCCUAUGUACGCUUUUCCGCUAAACAGUACUUAGCAGCUUAGGUUUGGCUUCUAUCUCUCCGUUGAAUAAUUAAGGUUUUUUUUAUUGUUCAAUUAGUCCUUAGACGGAGUCGUUUGCCAGUACUAAUCCCCGCAAACGACCGCGGCGCAUGAUUCACAUUUAUUGGAGGGUUUUAAACCAGAAGCGAAAGAAGAAUUAUUCUUCGUGACUGCUUUAAAAUAUGCCAUGAAACUGUCUAAAUGUCCCCAAUAUUUUCAUUCUUGAAGAUUUUGCAACGCCCAAUUGCCAUAAAUAACUUAUUAAUUAUCCCUUACCGCGGAUCGAAAUUACACUCGUUAGGGACAAGUCAAAAGGCAGAAAUGAAUGUGAAAGUUAAGAGAAACUUAAGUAUCUUUUAUUUCAUGUCGUUAAGUGCUAAAUGAAGUAGAGUCUGGUUGCCGUAUGACCAGAAUUAAUAAGUUUGCCUCCCGUGUUCUGCGCUUUGCAGGUCUUCAAACAACCUGUUCACGCUAAACCGCGGCGAAUUUGGCAAUUUUCUUCCAAUUAUCCUUUUCGGCUUCUUUGACCAAAAGCCAAGUACUCUCUCAUCGCUAUUAACAACGUCACAUCUAAAUUUAUUUCUUUAAUUCAUACAAUUUUGACCAGGCAUUUUUUUGAGAGCUCUCUGUCUCUUUUUUAUGUUUUUUUUUUUGCCUCUUUGUUUUCACUCUUUUUGUUUGACAAUGACGGUGAUAGAUUUCUAGCGUUCAGUUUUGUAACAAUGGCUUUUUUCAAUGAAAGAAUCCAUCUUCUCUCAUACGUUUUUUCUCAUACGUUAUUCUUCAUAUUCUAAACGAUGGUGACAUAUUUAUAUCCUUUAUUAUAAUAUGUCGUUUUGUAUAAAUAUUUUCUUCUAACAAUGAAUCCAUUUUUCUUCAUUUUCUUCAAGUAGUUAGUCCAUUUUUUUCUAGUUUCUUACUUGUAUUAUUCCAGCACAAAGUUUUUUUUGUCCUCAAAUAUUUUCAUUACUGAUUGGAGGCUUAGAUCAUUUUGUAAGCGGUAUUGUUAAAGGUUAUAUCGUUAAAUUUCUUCACGUUUAAAGUCUUAAAUUGUCUUUAUGGUUUGAAGUCGUUAUCCUCAAUGUCUAUGAGAUUGUUCAAAUUUAAAUACCGAGAGAUUUCAAAGAAGAUUACGGCUUUAACUAUCUCUGCCUCUUUCUCAUUAAACAUUUGAAGAGCGUUAGCCAAAUGGCAAAAAAAGAUUAGUGCAUAUCUCAAAGCGAAAACAAAAUUCAUUAAUAUCAAGACUCCAAUUGUCUGCUUGGAGAAAGUAUGUGAAAGAAAUAAGAUGGCCUUUUUAACCAGGUUCUACUGUAUAUAGAUAGUUUUACGGGUCCAAAGGUGUCCUUAUUAACCAGGUUCUACUGUAUGUGGAUAGUUUUAUGGGUCCCAAAAAUGGCCUUAUUAACGGGGUUUUAAUGUAUGUGGAUACUUUUAUGAGUCACAAGGGUGACCUUAUUAACCAGGUUCGACUGUACGAUCAGCAAGACGCGAAACAGCAACAACAAAAUACACAAAGAGCACGUGUCAAACGAAGCAACUCCUAUUGAGACAACUACUGGAGCAUUUUGUAAAGCCCGGCUUGUUGCACGGUUGAGUUUAACCUAAACCGAUGUAUGGCAGUUUCCGCUUGAUUCAGUUAUUUUUAAAUACCUGCCAUUCGAGACAAGUAAAUCAAGCGAACACUGAGAAAUGGUAAAUAUUUUUGACAAAAAAAUGCCGAAUACCCGAAUCUCUCAAGCGAACAUACUGCCGUCAAUAUAAAAGCGGUUUUCUUUAGAAUAUUCGAGUUUUUAUUGUUUGGCCUUAGUUGUUUUCGAAUAAUAUGAAUGAUUUAUUGCUCAUUACUAACUGCUUCUUUGCCAUACUUCACUUUAGAUCACAUAUUUAUCAUAAAGAUAAUAAAUCAUUCAUUUGACGGCGUGUUCGGGUACUUUCGCACUGGAUUUUCUUUCAAGUGUAAAGAGGGAGUAACACCUGCAACCCACAAGUCGAGAAAACUUUAUUUAUUACUUACAUCUCACAUGACUUAUUUAGCGUAGUUUCUUUUUUUACAUUCGUGAUAACAGGUGUUUCGCGCGUUGGCCACAAUUUCACACCAUUCUCACUUGUUUUCCUGUAAUACCUGGUGGGCACACGCGCAUUGCUAAUAAAGGUCAUGCGACUACAGCUAAGCUAUCGCUGGGCCAGCGGUAACUUGAACCCAGUGCGAUGUAGGUGAGCAGCAAAGUAGCCUUGGAGCCUGGGACUAGGUAGCCUGCUUGUCAGACAAAAGGCGAGCACCAAGAAUGUGUGUACUAUCUAAUCGAUCCCAUUCAAUCCGAUAUUAACGUCAUUUCUUCCAAAUAAUGGGGGUUGGAUAUUUUCUGGAACUACACAAUUUGGCAGAAAUUGGAAUUGCUAAUCGCUCCCAAUAUGGUGCUUGGCGCUCCCGUGUUGUGGGUUUUCAAUUCGAAUGUUAAAGUUGUUGAUAUUAAACUUUCUAGUGUGUGUCUGCUAGUUCGGACUUAUUACCCCAUCCCACAUUCUGCACCAGGAAUUUGGAUUGUAUUUCCUUGCCUAUUUAUCUUCAUCGAGCGCUUUUAUAUGUAUUCUAAAUACAAAUCUGAGUAAAAUUAAACUGUGUCUUUGAUGUUGAACUUGUUUUAAACUCUACUCUAAUACUACUUCUGUUAGAUAGCGCGUGUUCUAAUAGAUUCUUAUGUCUCCCAAUGGCGGCGGUUUAGUUUUCCGUCGGCCCGCCGGCUGUGAGAUUUUUACUCCCAUAUGAUAUAUAAUGCCUUGUUAGUGUCGAAUAAAGCACGUAUUCCUAGCUAAACUGGUGUAUUUUAGCUCCUCCGGCGAGCUUUGUUCCUACGCGUGGUAUCCCUGGCGAAUCCACGUCACACGAUUUUCCUGUCUUGGUAAAUCCCAGUCGUACGGUCUCCCUGUCUUGGUAAAUCCCAGUCGCACGGUCUCUCAUCCUCGUUCCCAGGGUCCCACCCUCCCCUACCCCUGUCUUUCCCCAAGGGGGUAUGAGGGGAAGACCCUGGGAACGAAGAUGACGGUCUCCCUGUCUUGGUGAAUUCCAGCUACACGGUCUCUUUGUGCGAGUGCGCGUGCAUUAGGUACAAUACCUCUUAAUGACGUCACAAUAUCGUGCGCGCGCGUUCGACUAUCGCGCAAGACGCGCAUGCGCAGUGUUUGCAAACAAAGAACGCGCUCACUUUAUGACGAUAACAAACAGAUCAUGACAAUGCAACAAAGUGGUAAAUCAUGGAAGAUUUUAACGAGACAGUCGUGCCGCCGCGGACACAUCCCGUGGCGCCUAGCGAACUAACUCUGUACAAUGUCUCUAAGAGGCGGAAAGAGAAAACUAUGGAGGUCUUGUCCGAAAAAACCAUGACCGUCCGAUCAAUCUGCGGGUACUCACUAUCCAAGUACAAGUUAAAAAUCGAGAUCGAUCAGAUCGAGAAGGAGAGAAGGCAGUCGCUGCACAGGCUAAAAGAAGACAAACACAUGUUCAAGAUGUCGGUAAAGCUACCGUCCAAAUACGGCCAGGAGUACUGGAGUCAGCACGGGGAGAAAUUCCACGCGAAUGGCGAACCUAACGAGGCAGCAGCGGUAGUGCGUAUACCACUCCCAUCAAACAAACACAAAACGGAGGCUGCUCACAAGUCAGUCGCAAAACACAAAAAGAAGCAAGCGACAUCGGAAAACGAGCCAACAACAGUGUCCGACCUGAUUGCUAUCAUGCGCGCGGGCUCAGCACCUUCCCGGAGCAUGCACACUAAAAGCCAAGGACAUACAGGGUCUGCACCAAUAGAAAGCAUUCAUCAUUGUGACGUCAUCAAAAACGUCAUCGAAGCUACAAUGGCAGGUAGCAAAAGGUCGAGCGACAAUAAACUUGACAGGCUUCAAGUGCUGUUGGAAAACUACGAAGUGUUUGUACCGAAAGAUAUCCGAAGUGCGGACACCUCGUCGGGAGGCUCCGUGGAAGAUUUUUUGAAGCUUAGUGACGCCGUCGGAGAGAUUGGUUUCAAUAACCUGAAGAAGAGUAAAUCGUUGUCUUGUGCGGAUGAGAGAUUACUUUGUCGUCAAGGGACCUCAACGGAGUCCAUAACGAAAUUUGAGCUCAUGAAUGGUGGUCUGCAUAGAGGGAUAACCGAUGACAUUGGGGAAUCAUUCAUAAAUAAGCCCGACCCAAAGAUACACGGGAUUAUCACAAGCUCGAACGACGAGAAAAAGAUUUUCUGGAGAUCACCUUCGAGGCGGAUCAAAAGACAGGAAAAAUCAAGUCAGCAUAUGCACCAUGCGAGUGAGGCUCAGUUAGAACCCAGGCCCCACGCACAUCUUCUUGACACACGGCUUAAUUCGGCUGUUGAGAAGGGGUAUUCUAGUGCGGAAUAUAUUAAAACGUACGAUAUUGAUGUGUUUCUGAGUACGGAGGAGCUACCCCCAGAGGUGAUUGCAAGGGUCAAUACUCCUUAUGAAAAGACGGCAUCGUGGGAAUCUCUAGAGGCGAGGAAAUCGAGACACUCUCCUCAUGAUGCUGAAUCCGAGAUCCAUUCACAUUUUGUGUGCAAUGGUAGAAGCGCAAUUGACUCUGAUGGGACUGGUAACACCCAGGGUUCACAUGGUGAGUCCAACAAGACAGUUCAUGGCAGCCAUAAACGGAACCUGCGAAGCAUAUCAAGGCACGGUCAGCGGUCGAUAAACAGCAGAGCACGCCUGAAACUUUCUACUGUACAGCCCGUGCUAGCUCAAAUGCCAAAAAGAGAUGCUAAAAAAGAAGAGAAAAGAAAAUCUGACGGGGGCAGCAGGAGACGACCAGCCCCAGACAAACCGGACACUCACCCUGUCACAAGUAUGAUGGUGAAAGGAACUGCUUUCCAGCAAGACGUCAAGGACCAACACGAAAAGGAAACUCGCGCCAAAAUGGAUAAGUUUUUCGCGCGUCUUGACGUCAACAAAGCAGAGCGACCCCGCGUCAGAAGCCGUGCUCGCACCGCCACCUUCGCUUCGCGCGCCACUGAAGCAAACAGGAAGCCCGUCGGCGAUAAACACAAGCGAGAGAAAAGCUAUCAUCGCGCGACCCCAUGGCCGGUGGAAGUCUGGGGAUGAAUGUACAUGGAUAUCGAUUUUUGAUUGUUUACGCGCCAGAUAGGCACAACAAAUGUAAUACUGGGAGCACAUUUCUGUUCUUUAUUUUAUGUUGUCUACAAGAAAUAAAAAAGGGUGCAAAAAUG